AUGCCACCCAAGACGAAGAAGUCGAAGCUCGCCGAACGCCGUGCUGCUGCUGCCGGUGGUAGUACUGGGAAAGAUGGGGCUGGCAGUAACAAGACCGGCGAUGUCUUCCACUUUGUGACAGUGAAUCCCAUAUCAGAAGACCAGAAGUUAGAGAACAGAACGUUGAUCCGUUCACACGCCAGCAAGUAUAUAUGGAGGCAACACCGAGCUGUGCGAGCUGGGGAUGCUAGCUCAGCAGGGCUAUCUACGAAUGUUAAUGUGAACGGGAAUGGGAACGGCUCUGGGUUGGCGGUUCGUCAGUAUUCUGCUACUGAUGCUGGCAAGACGGUGGCGGCGUCCCGACGUCGUGGACAGGCAUUCAAGACAUGGUCAGCGGGAGUCAAGGAGGAGACUCCACCGAGUAAUGUUAAUACUCGAGCAACAGUGGGCGCAAGCGUGCGUAGGCCGGUUGAUGUGGCCGACACCGUGCCCAGUAUCGAGACGGAGGAGCCCGUGGUCAACGGGAGCCGGAACGAUAUGCAUACCAAUAUGGAUGUAGGCGAAGGCGAGAUAGACGCAGACGCAGACGCGGAUGGAGACGUGGAGGAUAUCCCACAAGCUACUACUAACAACUAUAAUACCCGGGCUAGGAACAGUGUUGUCGUCGUUGCAAAUGAAGAGAGUAGUGAUUCUGACGGUUCUCCUCCUCCUACCGGUUGUCGUGCCAUAGCACCACACAUAUCGACACCAGAUCCCAUGCAUGCUAGCGUCGGCAGGAACAACGUCAACCGCCCAUUCAACCAACUUAUACACUGGCUUGAGAACCCCGGUCAGAUAUGUCCCUCAAUGCUGGACGAGGGAGCCAUAAGCAAGCUUAUGCGUUAUGCCGCCUUUGAUCUCUGGCCCGGCCUCGUCUUGGGGGCAGAAGGCCAGCGUUGGGGCCGUGAAGCUGCAGCUGGUGUGUGGUUACCGCGAGCAAUGGCAAACCCAGCACUGUUCACUGCCUUCCUAUACGGAGCGGCCGGCCACAUGCAAACCCGUCGUCGGCUGGAUAGCGUACAGGUUUCACCUCAGACGAGAGCUGAGAAGUUGGAACAGAUUGUCUGUGAGACGGAGACGAUUAAGCAGCUGAACAUGAUGAUGAAAGACCCGGCAAAGGCAUUUUCCGAUGAAGUUGUGCUCGCUGUUUUGUGCAUGGCGUUCAACCGGAUAGAUUACUCUGGCUGGACGGUAUCUGACCCCUCUCCGAAGGCGCCCCUGAGGAACCUGCAGUGGCUGGAUGUGUAUGGCGGGUUGUCGUUGAACGAUCACCAUGUCAAGGGAUUGAUGGCAAUUAUCGAGACAAGAGGAGGUCUCAAAUCAAUAAAGAUGCCUGGUCUGGCGGAGACCCUAUCUACAUCCGGAGUAAUGCUAUCAACAAAAUACCUAGCCAAACCUCGUCUGCCAUUUGUGCCGAUCUUCAAGGAGACGGCCAUUGGCCAAACACCGAACUGGCCGUCGCUGAACCCAACACCCAACAGCAAUGGCUCAGACUACCCAGGAAGUUCCUCAGAUGACCUGUCAUCAACAACAACCACGACUCUAAACUACCUCCUAAGCACUCGUCCAAUGCACAACUCCAUCCCCACCAACCCUCUUUCCCCUAUCCCACCCAACCUACAGGUCAUCCUACAGAACAUGCGGGAAUACAACAUCGUGGUCGACCUACAGACCCAGGGGCUGUUGCCAAACCUGGAACUGUCUGUCAUCGCCGACCGCCGCAACUAUAUCCAAUACAACCUGGUCUCUCUACCCGCCUCCUAUGAGUUUCCAGAUGGUUACAACGCUACUUACCGUCUGUACGAGCCUUGCCGUCUCGCUGCUAUGGUCUACAGCAUGUUAGUCAUCUUCCCACUACCUGCAGCUAACAGGCCGUUCAAGCGAUUGGUAGCACAGCUCGUCAACGCCUUGAUAGCCGUCGACGGCGACGAGGGAAGCGGCUGGGCGGCCGAAUCAGGCCAGUGGCCGUGGGAGUAUGGGCGAGAAGGCAGCCAGGACCUGACGCACGAGGAGGAGGAUCGGGUGUCGUCUCUAUACCUGUGGAUCAUCGUCAUGGGCGGCAUAGCAUCUCGAGGCAUAAGAGCCGACACCGAUUGGUUUGCAGCCCGGUUCGAGCAGACGCUGCAGAUGAAGGAGCUGUCGACGUGGGAAGAGGUGAAGCAGUGCUUGACCUCGAUAAUGUGGAUGGACAGUGUUUGUGACUACGGCGGACUGGCCUUUUGGCGAGAUGCCCGAGACGGCUAUUAG